UUCAAGAGUAAACAAAACUAGUCUACAAUGAUAGAAGACAGAAUUACCCUUGGGGCUACUGACUGGGGAGGAGUGGGGAAAUCUGGAAAUGUUCUGUGUGAUUUAGGUGGUGUUCCAUAGGUGCAUACAUGUGUAAAAGUUCAAGCUGUAAACAUAAGAUUUGUGCACUUCACAGCAUGUAUGUUAUUCCUGAAAAAAUUAACCCUCCCCCAAAAAGGUAAAGCAAGAGAAUUUCAUAUACAUAGAAAUGCUAAUAAAAGUAAUGGGAUGGGUAGGUGGGGGUGCUCACUGAUGACAUUUAAGACCUGUGUGUAUAUGGUACAGCCAUGUAAUGAGUUGAGGGACUGCUUUCUGGGAGAGGUGACAGCAAACGCAAAGGUCCUCCAGCAGGAAAAUGUUUGGUGUGUUGGAGAAAUCUAGUCAAAGCCAGUGGACUGCACCAUUAUGAGCAAGGUAGGGGAGGUGAGCAGGGCCAAGACAAGCCCUGAGGUUGGCUUUUUGAAGGGCCUUGGGACCCCACGAACAGUGUGAAGUGUGCAUUGGCAUUACUUUCUGAAAGUAGGUGUAGAGAGUAAGAGAAAGAGACCUUGGAAGACAUAACUGUGUGGCUGGGACAUCUGGACCAUGGGGGGCUGGAAUUCCAUUAACUGAGCAGGACUGGGGAGGCAGUGGAGUCAAGGUUUGUUUUGGACAUGUUGAAGAUGCUCCUCAGAUACCCAUGGCGAUGUAGGGGAGGCGUGGAUGGUGAAGCUGACGUUCUGGGCCAGACGGGCUGGAAACUUGUCAUGAGCACACAGGAACCUAGAUAACUAGAAGGUAGAUAACUAGAGAGCAAGAAGGGACGUGGCAUUUAAUGACAUGAGCUUUUCUGGAAAGACACUAGAGCUGCCAGUUGGUUUGCAUUGAAGCUACUUUAAAAGUGCUUCUUACAAGCUCUGCUGAGCGCCCACUGCCAGCCUGGCAUGUGGAGCCCCAAAGUGAGCACAGGUGGUGUGGUCACUGUCUAGGGCUAAGUCUCUGGAGCUUGGGCCAAGGGCACUAAAAUACAUUCCUGGGCCCAUUCACAACCCACUGAGACAGCACUGGGGCAUCUCCAGUUUUCAGGUUCCCUGGGUGAAUCUUCUGCACAUUUGGAGAAUCUCAAGCUUCCAGUGGCCCAGGAGUACGUGUGUGUGUUGGUGGGGUGGGAGGGGUGGGAAGCAGAGGAGGGAGGGAAAGGGAGCAAUUUCCUCUUUCUCUCUCCAAGGGUGGGGCUACUCUGGAGUGCAGGGAAGUUGUCUGUUCUGUGAGCUUGGCUCUGUGUGUGUGUGUGUGUGUGUGUAUAGGGGCGGGUACAGUGUCCCAGGAGGACAGAGUUUGCAUUGAUCAAAACCCUUCCCAGCCCUUUGAUACUUCUAUCCUGCUGCCCUGAAGUUAGCCAGCUCAGUCCUCGGUGCAUCCUGCUCGCCAGCUGCACUCGCUCACAGGCCAGGAUGGCACUUGGUCUGGCCCUGCACAUGGCGCUGCUGCUCCUCUCUGGGGUCCUGGCCCCUGCGGUGCUCACAGCCGAGGGCCCACAGGAGCCCGUGCCCACCCUGUGGAACGAGCCCGCUGAGCUGCCGUCCGGAGAAGGUCCCGCGGAGGACACCAGCCCCGGCAGGGAGCCCGCGGCCACCGGUCCCCCCGCCGCCACCAGCGCGCAGAGCCCCGAGGACAGCACCGCGCAGGAGCGUCUGGACCAGGGCGGCGGCUCGCUGGGGCCCGGGGCCAUCGCGGCCAUCGUCAUCGCCGCCCUGCUGGCCACCUGUGUGGUGCUGGCGCUCGUGGUCGUUGCGCUGAGGAAGUUUUCCGCCUCCUGAAGAGAAUAAAGGGGCCGCGCCCCCACCGCGGCGCGACCCGGCUGCACCCGCGGUGUGCGCCCCGUGUGUCCGCGCGUGAGUGUGUAGGGGCGCCGGGGCCGCCGCUCGGUGGGGGGCGGAAGACCGGGCCGGGCUGGACCUCAGAGCCGCGUCCCGGCCUCCGCCCCGCGGCCCUGGUCCCCGAACUGUCCGGGGCCCGUCCCCUUCCCACCCGUCCGCCCAGGCCAGAGGGCUACUAGCUGCCGACUAGCGGGGGCCGCAGGAGCAGGAGGGGCAGAUCGAGCCUGACCGGCCCGCCGCCCUACUUCUUGCUUCGCGACUGGGAGACGGCAGGGGCGGGGGUCGCAGGGAGGCGGCCGUCGGGCGUCCUACGAGGGACUGGGUUAUUGCUGGUGGCGAGUCUUCUCACUUGGGCAUCGGGGGCCCCACUUGUGGGAUCGGAACCCCAGGCCGCACCCCAGGGCCCCUGGGCCCCCUCUUCCCCAGGAAGCCACAGCAGCGGGCGGAGCCGAGGGGUGAAGCCUGGGUGCUGUUGGCCAUGCCCCCGCACCCCAAACCCGCACGCCCAGGUGGCCUGUUGAGCUGCAAGUAAUGCGUGCUUCGCGAGUCUCAGGAGGAGCCGGCAUUCCGGAGCAGGACAGUGUUGGUUCCGAGAAAGAAAACAGCCUUUUCAAGCUUUUCCACCCUGCAAGCGAGGGGGCCGAGUCAGGGGUGAGGGACCACCCAGCUCGCCCCCUCCUUGCCCUCGCUGGCCCAGGCACACCGUCAUUGGUCCUGCCUUAUGUCUUUCACAUUUCCCAGGAAAACUAGCUUUUAUAAUUCAGAGAUUUGAAACAGUGGCUUCUAACCUGAGCACAGCAGGUUAGAAGCCAGAACUGCAUCUGGCCCCACCCCCAAGGGCCCUCUGGAGGGGAGACCAGCGGCCCGGGGGAGGGGCUGUCUGCACACCUUGAGCCAAUGGGAGAGCCCUGAGUGGGUGCUAGCGAAAGGGGAGCCCUUCCCCCACCUUCCACUCUUUCCAGCAAGUGUCUGUGCUUCCUUGGUUUCCCUGGGCUGCUUACUAUUCUUAUUCCAGCUAAAACUUAAUCUUAUACUACACGGAUUUACCCUCCUGGAUACUGCAGAUGAGCACACGUGGUAUUCACACACCUUCCCCCCAACACAUGAAGGAUUUAGUUUCUGCUUAUAAAGGACUGUUAUGAAACUAACCAGUUUUCAUCAAAACGCUUACAUUAUUUCAUUUCACACAACCUCCCAUAACUAUAGCCCUGGUUAAAGCAGAUGGUCCCAGUCAGCAUGCUGCGCCCAGCUUCAAAAAGAAAAGCCAGACAAGGACCAGGGCCCAUGGCCACCCACCUACUUUGCCCCAGCAGCAUGGGGGCUCAGGAUUGGCCCCUCUCCCCCUUUCCGCAUCCCUGGGAGACUCAGGUGCAGCUACUCCCCUUGGGGUAGCAGAGGCCCCGAGAACCUCAGCUGCUCCCUGUUGCACCAGUGUUGCACAUAUAUGCAUCUUCCAGGGAUUCAUACAAUUCUCAAAGUGUCUGAGGUCUCAGGAAUGCUGAGCACCAUGCUUUGGUCCAUGGGAAGAUGCUGCAAAGUCCGAUGUGACUUAAAUCCUGGGCUUCUAAGGCCUGUUCUGGUAUGGAGGAAGGUGUGUCCUGGCGGGAAGGUGUGGUCCCAGGCCAGCAGGGCUGAGCAGGGUCAGAUUAAGGCCCCUUCACACUCCAGGACAGAACCAGGGUGCGAUGGGGUGAUUUCUGGGGCUAGUUGGGCUGAGGAGC